AUGGAAGGUGUAGCGGGAAGAUUUCCCGUCCAGACCAAAGCUGAAACAAUCGAGAUUAACGGAAAAGCUACAGAAGUUGUUAUUUCAAAGUUUAGCGACAAGUUAUUCAUUAUCCUUACACAAUACGGCAAGGUUGGUAAUUUAGUUGAAGUACGCCGAGACGUAGCGCAGAAAGAGGAUCCAUCCAGUGCUGUUUACGGUGUUCGAGUUUUACUCGGCCGAGACGACGAAGAAAUCCACGUUGCGGCGCGUUUCUUGGUGAACUUCAUUUCGACACCUCACAGCAUAUUGUUUGCUCUGUCGCUCAAAGACUAUCAGCCGAAAACUUUGCGCCAAAUUGGCGAAUUUCUUAAGCUCCACCCUUCGCUUGCAACAUCCUCUUAG